AGACAAAACAGUCAACGCGCCUCGGACUGAACCAUACAAACCGCUGUUAAACUCAAUAGAAGGAGGUCUCAACCCUAGAGAAAAGCAACAGCUAUAGACCAGCACCCUUAUCAUACAGUUCUUUUGACAGUGUGCACAGACUUAUUCUGCAAUAACUGACAGUAUUUGUUGGUGUUCUGGUCCAAAAUCAGCAGCUAUGGAUUUGGUGUGGUUGGUGUGUUUGGCUGUGAGCUUCGGAACCUGGUUCGCCUCUGCAGAGAGACAUAGCGUCUUCUGGAAUAGCACAAACCCAAAUUUCCUAUGGGAUGAGUACACAGUGGAGGUGAAAAUCAACGACUACCUGGACAUCAUCUGUCCUCACUACACACGCGGGGAGCUGCCGUCCCAGGAGGCCGAGCGGUACGUGCUGUACAUGGUGGAGAAGGAGGACUAUGAGGUGUGUAAGCCCCACUCCUUCGACCAGCUGCGUUGGGAAUGUUCCCGGCCCUUCGCUGCCCACGCCCCCGAGAGGUUCUCCGAGAAGUUCCAGCGCUUCACCCCCUUCACCCUGGGCAAGGAGUUCAGACAGGCAGAGAGCUACUACUAUAUCUCCAAGCCGCUGCAUCACCACGGCCAGGAGUGUCUGAGACUGAAGGUGGAUGUGGUUGGACCUCAUGGUUCUGGGAAGGCCAAGGCUGACAAAGGCAAGGAUGGAGCGAUGGAGGAAGCGAUGGAUGGAGGAAAUGGAAAGAUGGGAGGAGGAGGAGGAGUGCACAACCCCUCCAACAGGCUUCCAGCCGAUGACCCUACUGUGUUGGAGCCUAAGGUUCAGAAGAGUGUGGGUAGUUCAGGUGUUCAGCUGGUCUCUCUGUCGGUCUUCUUCACCCUGUUCCCCGUCCUACUAUCCCUGUUACUAUGUUGAGACUGAGUUAAAGACCUAGCUACAGAGACACUGUCAACCCAAUGCUGGACAUUGGCACAGAGAAUUUUUAUAGAUAUUUUUAUAUUUGCAACUGGACUGAGCUGCUCUGUGUGUGAUUGGAACGUGGAUCGUUCCAGAGACCAUGAUCUUCAAGAGUAUUUUCUGAAGGAUGUGUUUCUACAUGUUUUUGUAAAUGAAAGAGGAUGGAUGCUAUUCCCCCUUUUCUCCUUUUCACUCCAUUUGAUCUGUAUGGACACUUGGAAACCCCACUGACACUGGAACAGAUCUAACUGGAAAUGUGAUCAUUAUUAGAAAACUGAUAACUGUUUUCAUGAUUACCCUGAAUUGAAGUUUAACAGUGAUAUACACUGGGUGUAAAAAAACAAGAUCAGUACCUUCCUAAUAUCGAGUUGCACCCCCUUUUGCCCUCAGAAAAGCCUCAAUUCGUCAGGGCAUGAACUCUAUAAGGUGUCGAAAGCGUUCCACAGGGAUGCUGGUCCAUGUUGACUCCAUUGCUUCUCACAGUUGUGUCAAGUUGGCUGGAUGUCCUUUGGGUGGUGAAAGAUUCUUGAUAUACACACAGGAAACUGUUGAGCGUGAAAAACCCAGCAGUGUUACAGUUCUUGACACACUCAAACCGGUGUGCCUUGUACCUGCUACCAUACCCCGUUCAAAGGCACUUCAAUCUUUUGUCUUGCCCAUUCACACUCUGAAUGGCACAUAUACACAAUCCAUGUCUCAAUUGUCUCAAGGCUUAAAAAUCCUUCGUUAACCUGUAUCCUCCCCUUCAUCUACACUGAUUGAAGUGGAUUUAGCAAGUGACAUCAUAGUCUGACAUGGAAAGAGCAGGUGCUCCUAAUGUUUUGUACACUCAGUGUAUAAUGUGGGUACAUAUUCUUGGUUCAAUCUGAAAUAGUUUGAGCCAAAGCCUACAGUAGUCCUCAAACGGCCUCAUGUUUCCUCCUCUACAUGUAGAGACUAUUGAUGUAUAUAGAUGUAAAUGUAUUAACUGACCUUCCUCUAAGAACGGUUCAUGUCUUGUAUAGUGUAGUAGAUACUCAGGUCAAUGGGGAUGUUUCUUCUUGACAUGUCACUAAAAUCAAACUAAAGUGUAUUUGUCACGUCCACAGGAUACAGCAGGUGUGAACAGUAUAGUAAAAUGCUUACUUGCAAGCUCUUCCUCAACAAUGCAGUAUUCAAUUAUAAUUCACUGUACAAAACCCAAUGAUGUGAUAAUCUGUGCUUUAGAGUAUGCAUCUAUCACACACUAGAACAAAACACACAUUCUAUGUUGUAGAUAUACACAUAUUUACAUAACCAGAUCCUUUGUCAUUGAGAUGGUACAAUAGCUUCUUGGGAACAAAUUGGGAUUGUUUUAGUCAUUUGCUGGUUUGCUUUUGUAUGUCUUUAUGGUUUAGUGUUGAACAGAUGUGUGUGUAUAGGAACGAGAUGGAGGGAAUGGGAGUUGAGGGGAAAGAGGAGAGCAAAGCGCUAAUGACAGGAUUCUGAGUGGGUGUUGUGAUUGCAUGACGGCUGGGAGCUGUGCUUCCUUCCUUUACUGAUGGUCAUUCAUCGCAUACUCUGAUAUACUGUAAACAACGUCACACAAACAACAUAGCCGGUACACUGGACAUUAUGGUGUGUGUACAGCACAGUAGGUUGGUGGCACCCUAAUUGGGGAGAACUGACUCGUGGUAAUGACUGGAGUGGAAUCGGUGGAAUGGCAUCUCAUACAUAAACACAUGGAUGCCAGGUGUUUGAUGCCAUUCCAUUAGCUCCGUUCCAGACAUUAUUAUGAGCCGUCCUCCCUUCAGCAGCCUCCUGUGGUUUACAGGUGUUACACAAAAUGCAAAGGAAAUCCCUACAUACAGACACUGUAUUGUAAUUUGUUUUUGUAAAUGUUUGUAUGGAAAAUUUGUACAUAGAAAAAUAUGAAAAUAACAGCAUUUGUUUAAAAUGUGAAAACUUUAAUGUAAUUAAAACAGUGAUAUAAUAAAUCUGACUUGAGUGCU